AUGAAACUUAUUGGUGAUGAUAAAUUUAAUUGUGAUUUGCAGUCAAUACUAAUUUCCUCUCCUUCCGAUGAUAACAGUAUAAAUAUAAGUUCCCUCUUUGAACCAAUAAUUUUGAAAAACUCGUUCAGUUUCACAAUUUUAGAGUUUGGAGGAUUUCUGAGCAAUAAUCAAGAAAGUAUUUGUAUUGCCAAUUCGAGAAUUGUUUCAUUGUUGGGAUUGGAUAAGUUAUUGCAUGGACAAGAUGUAGUCGUGGAAAAAUUAUUGAAUAACAAUGAAAAAUAUAUUAAUUAUCAAUGUUUAACAAAUAUUAAUAAUUCACCACCAAAUAAUAUUAACGUUCAAAUCAAAUUUAUUGAUUCAGACGAUGUUUUGAAGUUUAUUGAUAGAAUUAAAUUAUUUGAAAGCAAGUCAAUAUUUAAAAAGAAGGAAAAUUUCUUUUCCCAUCUGAUAAAGUCCAAAUUGAUUGGUAAAUAUAUCAUGAAUGGUGAAAGAAUCCUUAUAGAGUGCAUGGGUGUUCAGUAUCCAAUACUUUUAAAUAUUGAAGAAACUGUUGGAAAUGAAAAAUCAGUAUAUUACAGAGUAACAAAUGAGUUUAAUUUUUCAAUUACAGAAGAUUUUAAAAAUAGUAAACCAACAACACGCUCCACAAACCAUAUUGAUACUUUUAAUUUUAUUGAGGAAUUAUCGAACAAUACUUUGGGAGGAUUGAAUGACCAAUUGGAAGGAAUUUUAACAAUUCUGGAUACUUUAUUUUUCAGAGCUAGUGAAAAUUACACUCACCUACCUAAAACUAUUCUCUUGUGGGGGUUGCAAGGAACUGGAAAAUCAACAAUACUCAGAUAUAUUGGAAAGGAGUUUGAAAGGAGGGGAGUUGUUGUGAGGUUUGGGAACGGAUCUUCGUUCAGUAUGGACAUGUUUCAUAACUUGAACUUGACUAAAGGUACUCUUAUUUGUUUGGAUGAUAUGGAAAAUUUAGGAAAAAACAUUGGUAACUUGUUCUCAGCUCUUCAAAACAUUGUAUUUACAAGCGGAAAGUGUGCAGUGAUUGCAGUUUCAAACAAGAAUGUAGAAGAAAUGGAUGAGUCUAUUCGUCAGAGUGGACAUUUUGAGAGAGAUUUCUACAUUCCUAUUCCAUCUUCCUUAAAGAGCAAACGAGAGGUUUUAAGCGUUCACUUCAAUAGAUAUUUUCCUUUAUUGAGUUUGGAGAAGAGAAGAGAGUUUUUAAGUAAUUUACAGAGAUUUGUAUCUGGAUAUGUUGGUAGAGAUAUUGAGAGAAUAUUUAAAAUGGCACAAUAUCACAUGAUUUCCAUACGAAAAGAUAUUUCUUCAACUACCGAACCAUGUUGGAAUGAUUUUGACUAUGCAUUACGAGUUGUUAAGCCUAGUCAAUUACAUACAGAAAAUCUCUUUACCAUCCUCAAGGCUAGUGACAAAGAGACUGACUCUGCAUUUUCAGAGAUUGGUGGAUACUUUGAAAUCAAGCAAAAAUGUAAAGAAUUGUUAUAUUGGCCACUAGAUCAUCCAGAGUCUUUCUCUAGGUUUGGUCUUCCACCAUGUUGCGGAAUAUUAUUGCAUGGACCUAGUGGAGUUGGAAAAACGCUUCUAGUGAAGAGUCUAGCUUCAAUGGGAAAAAUGAAUUACAUUUCGAUUAAAUGGUAA